UAUUACUUUCUUCAAUUCUUGGAUUUUUAAUAGCAAUGGACACUGAGACGUGAACAGACUAUGAAAGCGUUGGUUGUAUGGAACAACUUGUUGAGGUACAAAGAUUGUAUACACUUAUAUCGAAACGAUAUGAUAUGCUUUGAAGUGAUAAAAAUUUAAAAUGUUUUUUGACAGUGAAUUGGAGAUAUAUGUGUCACAGAGGAUAUCUUUGAUAAACAAUAUUUACCACACACGGAGUUCAUUUAAGUGGUAAGAACUAUAUAGUGAAGAUAAACAAGAUCGAUUCCGGAUGGAACUGCUUCAGGUGGUCGCUCUUGUGAGCACACUUUCAACAAUAGUUGAAGGUCUCCAGUGCUGGCACUGUAUCGCUGACGACUGCUCUGACGACCCGAGUGGAAACUACAAGGCAACAGAGAAAUUGUGUAUCGCUGAGCAAGCAUGUCAGAAAGUUUACUUUGAGAUGCUAGAAGAAACUGAACGGGGCAACUUUAUUCACACGUCGACAGUACGUGGAUGUUCAAGUGGGUGUAAGUCACGUAACGACUUUAGCAACUGCACGCAUCAACAACGAACGUCACGUGGAUGUGUCCGGAAGGACUGUUGUAGUGAUACUGACCUGUGUAACAGUUCAAACACUUUGCAGAUUGGUUUGUCAUUGCCUGUGAUCAUGAUGAUAUGUGCAAUAGAGCAGGCAUUGUGAAGAUGUGUGUAAUGUUAUGUGGUUGUGAUGAUUCGCGUAAAGAUGAAAAGGUUGUGAGGACUUCGUGUCUUUUUCUGUGAAGAUUUGUAACGGUGCAAACAGUGUGAAGAUGAGUAUGUGAUUUGCCUUGAUAUUUAAGAAUUCUGGAACACUGCAAACUUUGUGCAGUUGGGUGUGUCUUUGUAUGUUAACCUAUGAUUCUGCGGAAUAUGUAGUAAUUUGUGAGCAUGAGUGAGUUGCGUAAUAGUCAGACAAGUGUAAUUAUGACGAUCGUCUGCCAUGGUCUGUGCUGAUAGCGAUUGUGUGACAGUGUAACAAGCGUAAGACUGUUUGCAAUCAUUUUAUCACGGAUUGAAAAAAUGUGUUGAUAAAUCAGUUAUUGUGUGUAAACAGUAAAGUAACACGCUUUUUAUUAAUAUUAGUUUUAAAAGUUUUAAAAUUGUGUUCUUUAAUAUACGGUUGAACCAGCAAAGUUGUUGGAUUGUUUAUUUUACUUUGUUUUCAUGUGUAGGAAUCGUGUUUUAGCUUUACAACAUCAAAUUUUAAUGACUGAGUUGUAUUUCAUGUAAAUAUGUUUAUAUCUCCUCUUAAAAUAGUCAUUCUAUGUUAAAGUGUAAAAAAUAUAACGCCUUUGCCAUGCAGAAUCUUUCAACUGAAGAAAUGUUGUUUGGGGUCAUUGUUAAGAUCGAAUCAGAUCUAAUAUAAUCUAUGAUGUUAAGGUAUCGUGAUUUGGCUUUAAAAGGUAAUAUUAAAAUGAUUGAGCAAAAUUAUACGUGAAAGACGUGCACAACCCAUAACUUCUGCGUUGAUCUUUAUUUAAAAAUGUUUCAUUAAAAUAGGUUACAAACAAAAUACAAUUUUCACCGACUUAUGAACUUCACAAAACUGAAUAAAUGGUCCUUUUGGCAUGGAUUGUAUCGAAUCUAAUAUGUGUUGUUUGUAUUAAACUGUAUUUGGUAUUUGGCUGAUAUCAUAUAGAAGUGUUUUGGUGUUUGUCAACUUCACAUUAUGACAUUUAUCUAUUUAUUUUUUAAUGGUUUUCAGAAUAUUGCUUAAAAGCAAUUUGUAAUAAUCUGAUUAAGAUAUGAUUGCCGUCAUCGACGUGAACAAUUAAGGUAAAUAAUUGAUAUAUGCAAAGGAAAUAACUGAUAUAAAAUACUAAAUCCAGUUG